AUGUACUCGCCAAGGUCCUUCCCUUAUCUGCAACCCUCUCCGCCAUCAUCGCACACUACUAGAUCAAAGUCCGAGAAGAUGGGCACGCGAACGCGAUCGAGUCCGUCUCCGCGAAGUUCUAGGCCGGUUACUGUGGACACAGACACGCAAUUUAUGAAUAACGACAUCCCAAGUCUCCAACACAAAGCGGGUCAAUCUCCUGUUACCAUGACCAAACCCGUUGGCAUUCCGCCUCGCUCGCCCAUGAAGUCAGCAUCAUCGACACAGACCGUGAGAAUGAGAGGCCAGAGUAGAAGUCAGUCUAUGCGUUCGGCGCCGAGUCACGAUGCAAAGGCGCUGCCGCCUGCCGUUGCUGCCUUGCUCGCCGUCACCGCCAUCCCCAAGAUGCCCGCCCGCCGAAGACCGCGCUCUACAAUGGACAGGAGGAUAUCAAUGGACGAGUUGAUACAGGAGUGGAAGCAGGACGACUCGGACACUCCACCCUCGCUCGUGGGCUCGCCUAUGGAUCUACUGCUUGGUCGCGUCGACGAGUCAGACGACGAGUACAGCAGCGUCAUGAGCAUGGAACAAGAGAAGGACUCCUUCUUAACAUCUAGAUCCAUCUCAAGCGACUCCAUAUCUACUAUGCCGCCCUCGCUGGACUACGAUGGCCCAUCAUACGCAUCCCAUUGGGACAACCUCAGCACGCCCGACUCGAUUGGCCGGAAAUCCCUACCAGAGCGCCGCGAGAAGAUUGUCUCAUCUCCUCCAAAAGAAGACUGUAUCCUCGACCAUCCGUUGCUUCAUUUUGGGCCUGAUGAAUGCGAUGACAUCAUCAUUCCAGACAUCAGCGAUGAGGUUGCUCCCGCCCCUUCCAACGAGCGAUUCCGAUCAUUCAAGUCCAAUUUGACGGCUUCGCUCCAAGCACUCAAAUCUGCAGCCAAGUCAUUUUCAAACUUCACGGCACCCAGUGUUCCGCCGGAUGACUUCCUCACGCGAUCAUUGUUGUCACCCAGGUUCACAAGCGAGAUGCGACCGAAACACCUGGAAGGACUACCAUCACCCGAAUUGCGACGAUACCUCAACCCGCAGCCUUCACCCAUCUCACCUACUGAGCUCUCCAUGCAGCUCCACGACGCCCUCUCACUUGACAUCGACGCCGAUCCUAACGCGCCCAUGAUCCAAAUGCAGACGUACGAACGCCGAGGCCGAUCGCAAAAGUCCCGACGAAAUCGCACCGCAGAUCCGUUUUCCGAGGCAGGAAGAGUCCUUGCUGGCGACGAGCCCACCGUCCGGCAACGCGAGCCGCGCGAGAACAGCGACUUCCUACGAGUCAUUGUGCUCGAGAUGAACAUGCGACGUGUUGGCAAGCUCGACGCAAAGGCCGUUGGCAAGGCACGCAUCUGGUUACCGCCAAGAAAAUCAGGGUCUAGCAAAGCACCCACACACCAUGACGCAAGCCGUGUGCCCGCUCGUUGGACUCCAAUCGUUGCGGGAUGA